GAAACAUAUAAAACAAACCUUUUUUUGUUUUCUCCCAGGAGGAGAACAUGACCGCAGUGGACGCCGCCCCCAGAAAACAGCCCUCUAAGCUGGACGCGAAGCUCCAGUCGCUCCUCGAACUCAUCUGUGACCUCAGAGCCAUGGAGGAGUGUGUGCUGGAGAUGAAGUUCGACACCAGAAAAGCUCCCCUUGGAAAGCUGACCUCGGAGCAGAUCCGUGCAGGAUAUGAAGCCCUGAAGAGAAUCGAGUCAUGCUUGAAGAAAAAGGGAAGCAAUAAGGAGCUGCUGGACGCCUGCAACCAGUUUUACACCCGGAUCCCGCAUGACUUUGGGUUAAAAACGCCUCCAAUGAUUCGCACAGAAGAAGAACUGAAGGAAAAAAUUGCUCUGUUGGAGGCGCUGAGUGACAUCCAGAUUGCAGUGAAAGUGGCCGAGUCCAAUGCAGACAGUGACGAGCAUCCUUUGGACAGACAGUAUCACGCCCUGCAGUGCCAACUGGAGCCUCUGGACCAAAGCAGCCACGAGUUCAAGGUGAUAGAACGGUACCUGCAGUCCACUCACGCUCCCACUCACUCCGACUACACCAUGAAGGUCCUGGACGUCUUCUCAGUGGACCGGGGCGGCGAGAGCGACAACUUCCUGUCUCAUUUACACAACAGGACUCUGCUGUGGCACGGCUCCCGUCUGUCCAACUGGGUCGGGAUCCUCAGUAAGGGGCUCCGAGUGGCGCCGCCGGAGGCCCCCGUCACCGGAUACAUGUUUGGUAAAGGUAUUUACUUCGCAGAUAUGUCGUCAAAAAGUGCCAACUACUGUUUUGCCAACCAGAGCCACCAUGUUGGACUGCUGCUGCUGAGUGAGGUGGCUUUAGGGGACAGUAACGAGCUGCUGGACGCCAACUAUGAGGCCCAUAAGCUGCCUGCAGGAAAACACAGCACCAAGGGCCUGGGUCUGACCGGACCAGACCCGAAAAACGCCGUCACGCUGAACGGAGCGACGGUUCCGAUGGGUCCCGGUGUUAAAACCGGGGUUUCAAACCCCAACGGCUACUCUCUGCUCUACAACGAGUUCAUCGUUUACAACCCGGCUCAGACCCGGAUGAGCAGGUAGAGGAAGAUGAGGAUUAUGUCCAGGUAGAUGGUGAGAGCAGCGUUGACGUAUUCCUCCGGAUUCAGCCGGUAGCUCAUCUUUCCCAUCAUCAGCUGACAGUCGACCAGCAGGAACUGAGCCAGAAAGGGAAAGAGUUAAGCAGGAGAAUACAGCAGCGCUCCAAGACACCCAUAAAUGAUGCUGGCGACAUGGGAGUAGUAGAAGGUGCAGAUGAACCCAAACAUGAUGACAUCUACAGCCAUGAUCAAUAGGACACCGUAAUAGAUAGUGAAAUCAUAACGAGUCUGAAAACAGAACAGAAGGACACCCAGGAAGCUCAGUCAGAUGCUUCAGUGAAGUUUAGUGCUGCUGGAUGCAAACCAGGAUCUGAAAACUGGCAAUCGAUGUUGAUUAAAGGGAUAUAUGAUUGUUUUUU